AUGUCGCCAAAAGGCGAUUUCCCAAAAGGAAUUGUUGUAAAGCUGGAUGAAAUAGAGCAGCUUAAGUCAGAUAUCAGCCAAUUGGCCCAAUGUGUUAGUAAUGGGAUAAAAGAAUGGGAGGCAUUAAUAAAUGACCCUCUCAAUGCCAAUAGAGAUGCUGAUACAGAAGAAUAUAAAUUGAUGGCAGCUAACCCGAAUGGGUAUUUGCGACUCGUUCGCAAAAGACGCAUAUCUUGCCUCGAAGGAGAAGCGAAGGAAUUGGUAGAAGGAUUCGCUAUGGAUGGUGGAUCUUACAGGAAUGUAUGGGAAAUUCUGGAAAGCAGAUAUGGAGAUAAAUCCAUUAUUAUUGAAGAAUUAUAUAAAGAAUUAAGAGAAUUAAACCCAAAAACAAAGGACAUAAAGGAAAUUCGCAAGGACUUGCAGCGAAUAUUUUGCCAGUUGACAUCUUUAGGAGAAAAUAUCAACAACAAUUCGAUUUUGAGCAUGGCACAAGCUAAACUGCCAAUAUAUGUGCUAAAAAGAGUUUUAAAAGAAAAAAGAAAAUGCUCAACACGGGACAUGAGCGAAUUAAGAAAUGUAAUGAAAGCCUGCGAAGAGGAAGAGCUCCUAUUAAAUAAAAUGUUAAGGAGCGGUGAUAAGGAAAAAUUGCCGAAGCACAAGACUAUAAAUAACUUUAAAGAGGAAAAUAGCCAUACUGUUAUAAUAGAGUUACAAGGCCAACAAGAAACAUGUCGUAGCUUAUUAACCUUCACGGUGCUGAUAGAACAAGAUCUGUCGCAGUUCUGGGCUCUAGAAACUAUUGGAAUCGCAGGCCCAAUUGACUUGAUUGAUGAUGAAGAAGCAUAUGAAUUUGAAAAAUCAGUCAGAAGAAAUGACCAAGGAAGAUAUGCUAUAUCAUGGCCUUGGAAAAGUCCUGAUCCCAAAAUCGAGUUUGGUAGAUUGACAUCCAUUUGGAAUAAACUGCUAAAGGAUGCAAGCCUGAGACAUCAAUAUGACCAAAUAUUUAAGGAGCAAUUAGAUGAUAAGAUAAUCGAACCGGGUCCUUCAAAAACACCUUAA